ACGGUAGCACCGACCUGUCUUUGGCUGGACGAUGAGAUACGCUUCCCCGAGCUGUUGGCUGCUGGAUGGGGCAGAACAGGAUUCGCUGAGGAUCAAACAAAUGUCUUGUUGAAAGUGCAGCUCGCGCCAAUCACCAAUGACGAAUGCUCGAGUUACUAUGGUAAAGGUGAUCAUAUGUUGCGAAACGGGCUUAUGGAUCAUCAACUAUGUGCAGGCGAUGAAGAGAUGGACACCUGCCCAGGAGACUCCGGAGGGCCACUGCAUGUAAAAUUUUUCAAAGAAUGGAAGUUAAUUCCAUUCCUAGUAGGAGUGACUUCGUUUGGGAAAGCCUGUGGCGUGUCAACGCCGGAUGUGUAUGUAAGGGUCUCGAAGUUUGGUGAUUGGAUUAUUGAAACACUUCAACGUCACGGCGAAAUGGCCACACGUUUCAAGUUUUAGACGUUGGUUUGUGCUAAUCGGUAUUACAGUUUGCGCGAAUAUAAAGAGGACGUGAAGAUUGUUUGGAAUGGUCAAGAAUCCAUGGAUUUUAGCAAUAAAUACUUCAGCCGUUUCGCCAGUAACUACAUCGUAAACUUUAUACGGCCGUUCUCGGAUCAAUCGCACUACAGGAAUUGCUGUGGAACGCUGAUCGAACCUAGCGUAGUGUUGACGUUAGCUGAAUGUGUUGCUAA